AUGGCCCAGACCCCUGAUGGGGGCUGUGCGUGUGUAUAUCUGAUGGGGGGCUAUGUGUGUGGAUCUGGUGGGGGGCUGUGUGUGUGGAUCUGGUGGGGGGACUGGGGAUCUGGUGGGCGGCUGUGUGUGGGCAUUUGGUGUGAGUAUGGAGGUCAGUCGGGAGACCACCUUGCUAACUCGGGUACCCUGGGCCCCCCAGUUCACCAGGUGAAAUUUGGCGCCCCACUCAGGAAGGAAACAGACCCACUAAACGAACCGUGGGAGGAGGAGUGGACGCUGUUGGGAAAGGAAGAACUGAGUGGGAGCCUGCUACAGUCCGUCGAGGAGGCCCUAGAGGAACGGAGCCUGACCAUCCGGCCGGCCUCAGAACUCCAGGACCUGGACUCCCCAGAUGAUACCAUAGGAACCAUCAAGCGGGCCCCAUUCUUGGGGCCGUCCCCCCCUGAGCCUCCAGCCGAGGACCCUCUAUCCAGCCCCCUGGGAACCCCACCGCCACCUCCCCCAGGCCUGAACAGCCCCCCACUGCUCCCCACUGCCUGGGCCACCAUGAAGCACAGGGAGGAUCCUGAGAGAUCGUCCUGCCACGGGCUCCCCCCAACCCCCAAGGUGCACAUGGGCGCCUGCUUCUCCAAGGUCUUCAAUGGCUGCCCCCUGCGGAUCCAUGCUGCUGUCACUUGGAUUCACCCUGUCACCCGGGACCAGUUCCUGGUAGUGGGGGCCGAGGAAGGCAUCUACACCCUCAACCUGCAUGAACUGCAUGAGGACACACUGGAGAAGCUGAUUUCACACCGUUGCACCUGGCUCUACUGCGUGAAUAACGUGCUGCUGUCUCUCUCAGGGAAAUCCACGCACAUCUGGGCCCAUGACCUCCCAGGCCUGUUCGAGCAGCGCAGACUCCGGCAGCAGGUUCCCCUCUCCAUCCCCACCAACCGCCUCACACAACGCAUCAUCCCCAGGCGCUUUGCCCUGUCUGCCAAGAUUCCGGACACCAAAGGCUGCCUGCAGUGUCGUGUGGUGCGGAACCCCUACACGGGCAGCACCUUCCUGCUAGCUGCGCUGCCUGCCGGUCUGCUCCUGCUGCAGUGGUACGAGCCGCUACAGAAGUUCCUGCUGCUGAAGAACUUCUCCAGCCCCUUGCCCAGCCCAGCAGGGAUGCUGGAGCCACUGGUGCUGGACGGGAAGGAGCUACCGCAGGUGUGCGUGGGGGCGGAGGGCCCCGAGGGGCCCGGCUGCCGGGUGCUGUUCCACGUCCUGCCGCUGGAGGCUGGCCUGACGCCUGAUGUCCUCAUACCACCUGAGGGGCUCCCGGGCACAGCCCAGCAGGUGAUCCAGGUGGACAGGGACACAGUCCUAGUCUGCUUUGACCGCUGUGUGAGAAUCGUCAACCUGCUGGGUGAGCCCACGGCCACACUUGCACCUGUGCUGACCUUUGACUUCCCCAUUGAGACUGUGGUGUGUCUGCAAGACAGCGUGCUGGCCUUCUGGAGCCAUGGAAUGCAAGGUCGUAGCCUGGACACUAACGAGGUGACCCAGGAGAUCACAGACGAGACAAGGAUCUUCCGAGUGCUUGGGGCCCACAGAGAUAUCAUCCUCGAGAGCAUUCCCACCGACAACCCAGGGGCUCACAGCAACCUCUACAUCCUCACGGGCCACCAGAGCAGUUACUGAGGGCCGGGUCUGGCUGGUGGCCUCCCCCCACCCCGGCCCCAGGCCUUGGCUACAGUCCCUUUUAGGCAAAGGGGCCCCUCCUGGGUCAGAGGAGCCCAGGCUUUGCUGGUCUGAAGGGCAGAAAUAAUCCUGAGAAGAGUUUUGGGGCUCUGGAGGGGAGGGAAGGGAAGGGGAGCCCACCCCGGGCCCCCCGCAAAACUGGACCAGAGGAAGCUGCUGUCACCUCCCCCUCCCCUGUGGGCAGCUCAGACCCCGCGGCAAGGGCCCCGGGCAGGGUGGGGGCAGGCCCAGGCUACCCAUUCCAUUUUGUUCCACGUUUCCUUUCCAUUCUUCCUGCCAAGAGCCUGCCCCUGCACCCUGCCCUGGGGAACAUGGUAUUUAAAAGAGAGACUAUAUUGGUAUUAAAGCUGGUUUGAUUUUACUCCACUGACCCCUCUUUGUCGGGGGGGGGGGGAGAGCUGAGCCCACUGUCUCAUCUCCUCCUCCAUCUCUCCCUCCCUCCAGCACAUCUUUCUGUGGCAUCAGGGAAUGGGGGGCACCAGUGUUCUGGUGGCUCUCUAAUGGGGGAGCCGGGCAGAGCUGAUGGAGAGGCCAGUGGCCCCAAAAGGCAUCUCAGGGGUACUGUCUUCCUGGGCUCCCCUGCUCAGAUUGAGCCUUCAGCUUUGAAGUGUGAGGCCUCUUUUGUGGCCAGGGAAUCAUGCAGAUGGGGGGAGGCCGGGCUGAACAAAGGGACUCUCAUCCAGGGCACCCCUGCCCCAUCCAGGAUCUCACCAGUCAGCCAGGGCCCAGGAAGGGCCAGCCACUGGCCGCUCCACCCAGUGCCAGCAAGGCUUUGGUCUAUGGACACAGCCAGCUAUGACCCAUGUCCCCUGCCCAAGCCUGGGGCUGCCUUCCUGCCUCCCAGGUGCUGUCUAGGUAUCUGUGUGCUCCAUCGGGCCAAGACUGUGGUGUAUGGGCUCCAUCGUCAGGCUAGACUCUGGGAAGAUUAGCCUGUGUCCAUUUAACAAGUAUUCCCAGACAGCCUCCUCAGUGUCAGACCCUGGGCUCACAGAGGGGUCAGCACCAAGAUGCGGACCAGCCCCCAGUGAAGGCAGCGGUCCUUGCUGGAGCCUGCAUCUCGAGGGUACGUCUGUCUGCCCGUGGCUGACCCUGUGCUUUGCGUUGUCAUUCUUGCACUUUUUCCUCUUAGAGGGCUCCAUAUUCUCAGGCCAGGAAGCUCCCCCACAUUGGCCCAGGCACUGACCAGGCUGCUCUUGACAGAGCCUUUGGGCAGGUGAGGCCAAAGAGGCAGGAUGGCCGCUGGCCUCGAAGGAGAGGUCAGGUGAACACACAGGACCACAGCUGCAUAGGGUCGGAAGGCCCUGGGUCUGGGGGAAGAGCUUGAGUAAAGGCCCGGGGGUGAGGUCUCAAAUGUGGCCCAGUUAUCUUUCUUCUGAAAUUCAAGGCAAGUGUGUGAAUUAAGAAUUUCUCUCCACCCAGUGGGUUGCUGGUAUUUGAUAAAUGGAUGCAAGUGGGUAGGUGGGUGGUGGGUAGAUGGCAGCAUAUGUCAAGAGCCUAGAGCGGCCCAAUCCCUACUGCCCCUGCCAAGGGCCUGGACCAUCCCAGGUUGUCCUAUUGUCCCUUUGUCCGCCCUCCCGCAGAGCCCCGACUGCUCUGACUCCUAGGGUUUUUGGCUGAAAUAGAUUGUCAGAAAGGGAGGGAGACAGAGCUUCUGUGCAUCGGCACUCACACCUGUGCGCUCUGAGACCCGAAGGAGGGUGACAGGCACCUCCCCAGUUCUGAAAGUCUGCACCUGAUGUGGGACGUUUGAUGGACCAAAUGGUGGAGGGACAUGAUGAUUCCUAAUUUCCCAUUUUCCAGAUUUCUUGGUGGAGGUGAAGGACUAAGUUGAGUGCCGGGGGUGGGGAGUGAGCUCCCACUCAGAGGCUCCUGACCCUCACCCCAGGUGCCUGGGGAGAACAACGCCCCCCCCCCAAAGUAGCGGCCAGCAAAGAGCGCCACCUUGUGGCAGGUUGUCCCAGCCCUCAGCUGCCACCCAGGUCUGAAAAGGGGGUUUGGGGGAGACGGGAGUGUAACAGGCCAAAAAGUGUGAUGCUGGGGAAAAGCAAGGGCUUCUAGUAAAAUAGUCACUGGCAGCACAGGCUGGCCACAAGCCAAAGAAAGGCCCGGAAGCUGGGAAUUUGCACUGAAAAGACAAAGUGUUAUUUUAUUUAUGUAUUUUUAAAUAGGUAGCCCUUGUCCGUGGCACGCUAUUUUAAAAAAUAUAUAUACAAAAUAGAUACACUGAAAAGUCUCCCACCUAGGUCUCAGUUAUUUCUGAACCCUUCUGGAAGUAUUUAAGCAGUAACGUGUGAUGUAUUUUCUUUUUAUACGAGCGGUAACUAUUUCACACACUGUUCUGCUCUUAUCCUUUUAAAAUCUGUCCUGGAGAACUUUCCAUCAUCCAUGUCCCCCUCCUUUGUUGUUUUCACAGCUAGUGGUGUUCUACCGUAUAGCCUUCCCUCGACUCCUGUUCACUAACUAUGAUUAGAUCCCUACCGAUGUAACUGUGUUUCUACGACUCUGAUGUUACGAGUGACAGUGCAGUUUACCCUGUGCAGUGAAUACCGUGCCCAUGCCACUCUACCCACUCAAGCAUCCCGGAGGGUGACUUUCUGGAAGCAGCAUGGCUGGGUCGGAGCGGCCGGGUUUGUUCUUGUGAGAACAAGAGUAUGGGCAAAGCCUCGGAGAUGGGGCCGCUCAGCCUCUCUAAGCCAUUCUGUGGGAAAGUGGAAGAGGCGCCCCAGAACAGGGGGAACAACUGGCUCAUAGCCAAGUGAGGGUCAGCGGUCAAGGCGACAACCAAAAUGUGCACUUGCGAAUGGCAAGGACCCGGCCGUCCUCCUGUGGCGUGGUGCACGGCAGGCCCUCCGUUGUGCUUUCCGAGUGAAGGGACGGGCUGGGCCGUUGGGAGGAUUGAAAAUACUGUGAUACACAAAAUCAACCCUGCGGAUGAGCCUCAGAGAUCGAAUACUGAACUCAAACAGCAGAUCGACACACCCCAGGCUCAAAAAAUCAGCAAAACAAAACCAUUUGUUGUCUGGUGAGACAGGUACAUGUGAUAAAACUCUAUCCGAUCAGGGGAAGAAAAAGUACAAAAUUCAAGGUGAUGGUCUCUGAGAGGAGAGUAGGAGUGCGAUGAGGAAGGACCCCAGGAGUUUGCGAGGGUUUUGGUCAAAUCUCGGUUCUCAGGUUGGGUGGUGGGUUUGUGGGCAUUCGAUGUAUGUCAGUUGCUAACUCAGACCAGGUGCCACAUGUCCUUUUGUAUGUAUCAAAUACUAUGUAAUAAAAUGUAAGUUUAAAUAUAAUCACUCAAAAAAUCAUCACUCGAAAAAUAAAACCUUGUAAUGGGUUAAAAAACAAAAA